UGCCUGUGGAGGAUCAGAGGAUUGCUGCGCCUGACUGUGGGACAUGUUUGUUUGUUUGUUUGUUUUUGUUUGUUUGUGAGUCAGCCUGCAGCUCCUCGCGCGCUGUGUGACCACUGCGCACACACACAGGUUUGGGUGUGACAAACAUUUCAGGUUUUUGGCUUUUUCCAGACUGAUGGAGGCGCGGAUGAGUUGACUUUGCUGUACCUCCACCACUCCUCCUGCUGAUGUCUUUGAGAGGAUUUCCCACUGAUUUCUCUGCGCAGACCAGAUGUUUUGGACUCAGUCACACUGCGGAUGCUCUGUGAUUUUUUUGCGGAUGUAGUGCAGGUGAGGGUCUGGAGUUGAAAUCUUCCUCUUGAAGGUGUGAGCUCCAAAUGCAUUCGCUCCUGGGUCGGGAGAAGAAAGAAGAAGAAGCCGGGUUUGGGAUCGAUCUGGGUCUGUCUCCGGGCUUUGCGCCCCACGCUGCCACCAUGUUCAGCUGUGUGGGCUGCUUCUGGGUGCUCCUGUCCUCUGCUCUGGUCGCCGUCUGCAGCUUCAGCUUCAUCUCUCCCGCCUGGAUUGUUAAGGACCAGCUGAGGAACAGUCACCAACACCACCAUCACAGCAGCAACAAGGACUCCGUCAGCUUCGGGCUGCUGUGGCACUGCUCAGAGUCUAUGGAUCAAAUGUACCGCUGCUACACCUUCGGGGGUCUGGGCAAAUUCGCAGAGAUCCCCUCCAGCUCCUGGCAGACAAGUGCAGUGCUGUGUUCAGGAGGCUGUGCUCUGUUGGCUGUCAGCUCCCUGCUGGCUAUCAUCACCAUCUUCCUGCCCAGCGGAGGAUGUGAGAGGAGGAUCUGCACCCUGGCCGGAUACAUGCAGAUGGCAGCAGUGUUCAUCAUGGCUGCCGGACUGCUGGUCUACCCUUUCGGCCUGAACUCAUCACUCGUGAGGACCAUCUGUGGGAACUCGGACAUCUACAAUGCUGGCGAGUGCCAGAUCGGCUGGGGCUACAUGCUGGCUAUUGUGGGAGUCAUGCUCACCGUCUUUUUGCCCUUUUUUGCCAAAUAUGCACCGAAGGAGCAGCUGUCUCCCACCCCUCUGCCCACUCUGUUAUAGUGCAGGGAUAUUUAAUGUUUUCCCCUGAUCACUCUCUCUAACCUGAGCCUGAUGCCAUAGAGAGACGACUGCACUCUGUUUCUAAGGUGAUGCUGUUUGGGAAGCCCUGCCCCUCUCGAUAAAAACUGAAGCUGACACUCAACAACAAAAACAGUCUUCCUGCAUCUGUUAUGUAAUUAGUUAAAAUAAGUUGAUUUACAUGGAAUGUUUUAAGUUAACAUACUUUGUGGUUAUGAUUUAAACCACUAAUCUGUCAUGUGUUUCCUGCUGUUAGACUGUCUUCAUGUUAGCUGUGGAGAUAAUGCAGUUAGAUGAAGUGUAAGGACUGACUUAUUUUAAAAAAUGACCACAAAAUUAACAUAAAGUAGUAAAAAACAAAGGGUUUCUUUCAUUUUUUCUGUUUUAGUGGAUUAAAUGUCAAUGUGGAAAACAUUCCAAUACAGACUGUAGAGCUGCAUAAAGACAGUGAAAGCAUGAGGAAAUGCAGCAGAAUGGCUUGUUCAAUCAAAUUAUCUUUUCCAAUAAGAACAUUUUGACCUAUUGGAAGAGCUAGAUGUGGACUCUUGUCUGAAAUAUGGAGGAGUUGCAUCAUGCUGAAGCAUCUGGACUGUACAAAUGGUCGGGAUUUCAGAAUAAAUAUGAAAAGAAGAAAAGAAAAACGUUGACACUUUGAAGGAUAUUUUGCUCGUCUAGCUUUUUUUUCUGCCACGCAGUUUUGUGACCUGGCAGUGAACCAGCGGGAGACAAGAAGAUGUUAGAGCUUUCAAAGACGGUGCAUUUUCACAAAGAAAAGACACAGCGUUUGACCUGCCGAGAGAACAAAUGGAAAUCUCUUCCAGUAUCAGUGAAGUGAAUCAUAAUAAUAAGUUGUGGUUUCAGAGUAGUGUUGUCAAAAUGUUAUGUUGGGAUUCUGCAUCCUUUCAUCAACCUUUUCCCCAGAACUGUUUGUGAAGUUGUGUAACCCGCUUGUUCAACUAAAGCAAUUUCUUUCUGUCUACAACAAGAAUACUAAACACAAUAAUUCAGGAAAAAAAUGAUUGCAAAAGUCAGGAAGAUAUAGGAAAAAAAAUGCAUGAUAAGGCAGGCUUUGUUAAUGGUAGAACUGAUCUAGAUUUUAAAUGUGAUCCGACCAACUUGUGCCUUUUAACAUAACCAAGACAAAUGUUUAAUAUCAGGUUAUCAUACUUUUCUGCUGAAAACCGUGGAUCCUGUUGUGUUAUGUGUUUUUCUAUGAUAUAUUUUCCUCUCAUAGGUGAAGUGUUUCUCCUGUACUUGAUGCAGUAUGAUCUCAUUAACUUGAGCAAAUGUUCUGGAGGAUAAAAGGUGAUGUUUAAUCCUAGUGGGAACAGCUGAUAGAAGGAAAAAAAAUCAGUGUACUUGUGUUCAAUUAUGCCCCAAGACAUUUCGCCAAUUAUAUAGCAGAGGUAAGUUGAAUUGUUGUAUUAAAAGGUUGUGACAUGCAGCUAACUGGUUAAUUCCUGGCACCCUUGUCUUAUGUGAUUUAUAAAUUGAGCGGCAGAGGAAGGAGCUGUACAAAUUGAACUCCCCCUUUGUUUUCUGUGCUGAGCCGACACGUUAACAUUAUGUGUGAAAUGUGGCUUAUAAUAAUUAACCACUAACUAAGCUAAUGUGUUGCUGUGUUUUUUGUCAUCCCACUUCUCCUUUUAAGUGCUGACACCGUCCUUGUCAUGUUCCAAGGACAAAAUAUUUCCACUAACUGUCCCUGUACACUGCCAAUUUCAUUGGGCUCGACUCCCUUUUCUAGUGGGUGUUUCUGUGAGUAUUAGUGUCAAGUUGGUAUUUGCUCAUGGGUUAACCUUUCAUAUUUACCAAAUUUUGUUCCCAUAAUGAAAUUUCCUGACAUAAAAAAUAACUGUGCUUUUGUUGCCAUAUUUGAAAGAAAGUCAGGAGAGAAUUCUUGGUAUUGUACUGGACCUCAUACUGUGCUUGACUGUGGGAAUGACUGGCGUGACUGCACUGGACUUAUUCCCUUCUUUGUUAAACCUUUGUGUGUAAAGUCUCAGCACUGGUGAAACUGUUUCAGUAGACUAGAAAUUUAUUUUCUUUCCCCCUAUUGUGAUGUUAAACUGUAAAUAAACUAACUGUACUUGAUAUCACGUUAUUCUUAACUGCCCCGUUUUUCAAAGAUAUAUUUUGAGAUAUUACCUCAUCGUGUUUG